AAGAAGAAAAGCAUGACGAGCAAAGAUUUUUUGAUGAAUCUGAAAUUAAGGAAGCAAAUCUUCAGCCUGGUUCAGGCUCUCAUACCCAAGCUCAUCGUGAAAGUAGACUUACUAAAUCAGAAGAAAUAGUAACUCAACAAACCGCACCAUUAGAUAAUAUAGAAUUGCAAUCUAAUUAUUCAGAAGAAGAAGAAAUUAAUGAAAUCAUAAAAUUGGUAGUAGAUACUUAUAGAGCAUCAGAUAAAGGAAGUAAAGCCUGGUUAGAACAU